CUGCAGCACUUUAAGGCAACAUGAGCGCAACAGCUCGUAAAGACGGGCUCAGCGCCAAGUCAGGGAUUGUGUCCCAUCUUCUGUGCUCCUUCACGGACACGCACUCAUGAAAACAUCAUCGUGACUGCUUUCUUGCUCACUCCUCUUUACUUACUGGAUCUUUCUCUCUGAAAACUUUGGAAGUCAGUUUCUUUAGUGUGUUAGUUGCUCAGAGCAGAGAAGGAGCCUUCGGGAGGAGUUUCAGACAUCCACAGCGCAGAUGUUUCCAGUUUGACCCCAUUCUCCGUCUCGUCUGAUGUCUCAGAAGGAGGGGAGGAUGAAGACAGACACAGCAGCCACACAUCCAAUCAUAUGAGUGAUAUGGAGGGGAUGUAUUCAUACAGAAAAGUGGUAAAGUUUGAGGUAAUACUCUGCAGUGCAGCCAAGAGGAAGAAGGAAAAUCACCUAAUUUCUUCAUUAAAUUCUGCAGAGUAACCUGCAAACCCAGAUCCAGCUGGUAACAUCUCUAAGCUGUGUAUCAGUCCUGACUAUUGGCUGGAAAGCAGUAUGAAUGGUAGAAGCCCCUUUGCAAUGCAUUCCUGUUCAAUUCUUUACUGAGGUCAGUGUCACAAGAUGCUGAGGAAGAUGGUGACGAUGAGGAGGUUUCUCCAUGUGAAGGGAGAUGUGAUGUGCACGAUGCUGCUACUGGUUCUGUUCUGUCUGCUGCUCUAUGCUCGCCAGGUUGUGCUCUCCUCUGGGUGGGACAGACCUCUCUGGAAGCUGGAAAUCCAUGGCUCUACCAGCUCCAGUCGGACCCUGCUGGGAGCCAGUGGGGCCAAAGUUGGCCAGGAGUCUCAAGGGUUCCCAUCCAGCUCUUCAGAACCACAGCUGCCUGCCUGUAAGCCCCAGUCCAAAUCAAAACCUCCUCAGGCCAAGUCCAAACCUCAGGUCAAAUCUAAGGGGAAAUCCAAGUCGCGACGGAAGAAUGCUGUGCCGACCAAGACUGCUGGCAAUGCCCUGCCCACGAUGCCGCCAUUUGACUUUGAGGGCUAUCUGAGAGAAAAGGACAAGAGAGACUUUAAGCUGCUCAUAGACCAGCCAGAGAAAUGUCACAUCAGAGAGGCAGAGGAAGGAGGAGGACGAGGAGACAAAGGGCCUAUUACUGCUCCCUACAUGCUCAUUGCGGUGAAAUCUGUUGCUGCAGAUUUUGAUAAGCGUCAGGUGGUACGUCGGACAUGGGGCAAGGAGGGACAUUUUGAAAAUGGUGUGUCCAUUCGUACUGUUUUCCUGCUGGGGGUUCCCAGGAAUCAGACUGCUCUGCCUCUGUGGGAUCGGCUCCUGACCUAUGAGAGUGAGACCUUUGGAGAUAUCCUUCUUUGGGACUUUGAGGACACUUUCUUCAACCUGACACUGAAGGAAACACAUUUUCUGAAAUGGGUUAACAGCAGCUGCCCUCAUGUCAAGUUUAUCUUUAAGGGCGAUGCUGAUGUGUAUGUGAAUGUGGAGAACAUACUAGAGAUGUUACAAGGUCAAAAGUCAGAUGAGGAUCUGUUUGUCGGUGACAUUAUUAUCCAUGCUAAACCCAUUCGCCGGCGCAGUUCCAAGUACUACGUGCCAGCGUUUGUGUAUGGAGGGGGUUUGUACCCGGAUUAUGCUGGCGGAGGAGGGUUUGUCAUGUCGGGACACACAGCUCGGAGACUUAGCUCUGCAUGUCAACAGGUGGAGUUGUUCCCCAUUGAUGAUGUUUUUCUGGGAAUGUGCCUCCAGCUCAUCGGGGUCAAACCGUCACGCCACCAGGGCUUUCGGACCUUUGGGAUUCCCCGACCAUCUGCAGCACCCCACCUUCAGACAUUUGACCCCUGUUUCUACAAAGAACUCAUGGUUGUUCACAGCCUCAAUGUCCCACAGAUCUGGCUCAUGUGGAACCUCCUGCACGACCCCAAACUGAGCUGCCACAACAGGACAAGUCUGACGUCCUGGCCUUUUAAGUGGAGAGGAAGGACAGGAGAGGAGGCGGGAGAGGAGACAGACUAUGGUGAGAAGCGGGUGUUCAUCAUGCAUUAGUGACUUUCUGCAAGACUGAAGGGGAUUUGCAAGAGCCUUACAGAAUGGUUAUAGCACAGGAUCUGCAGCCAACUUGAAAUGACUGUUUUGUGUUCAAAAGCACAGUUGAGUCAUAGAAGAAUUUGUCCAAGCUGGCAGAUCAACUCGGGGGAAAUGAAUUGGCAAAUAUGCUUGAGACUUUUCAGUAAGGAAUCCCGAAGAGAAUUUGGAGCUGUUGCCAUCAGAGCCCCAUCUGUCUGUUGAUACAGUGCUUGUGAACAAUCACGCAGCAAGAUUUUGAUUUGCAAAGAAGAUUGUGUGGUGACUUGAAUCUCUCUGGACUUUUGAAUGUAAUCCUCAGAAUGAGGUGUGUUUCAAACAGAGACACCUUAAUACUGACACGGACAACAUGACUAAAUGUGGUUAGCUGGUUUAACCCAAUCCCAGUUUAAACGCCUCUGUGUGUCUGAGACCACUACUGUGUUUACAGUCUGACUCUCUUUGGCCUGUGUGGACUGCUGAUACUGGAAAUGGCUGUAAGCACUGGAAACGUGGGCAGACGGUAUAGAGGACAAUUUUGUGUUCUGAUGUGAAUGACUUGCAGAGAUGUUCCUCUCUUCCAUGUUAUACUGGAUAGAGGCAAAAAUGGACGGUCACAUUAUCUGUUCCCUGGAGGAACAACAGAUGAAGCCUAAAUGGAAACCAGCUGCACAGUGGGACCCAGCUGGGACCACAGUACACACACACACACACACAAACAAUACUUCUGCUGAAUGAGGCUUGUGUACUUAAAUGUGAACACUUACUAUAAUGAUUAUGAUGAUGAUGACACUAUAAUUAUAAUGAUUUGAUUCGCUGUUUUCCAUUCUCUUCAAAUUUUUAUCUUUACCCUCCUCAUCUUAGUGACUGCUACUUUAGCCACUAAGUGAGAGGGUAAUUGUCAAAAAAAAAAUAAUCAUUCUGGCUGUGUAAGAGCAAUUAAAUAUUACGACUAAGACGCUGAAUUUCACAAAUGAUGCCUCAACAAAAUGGCUGCAAGAAGUUUGUGUUCAUAUGAAAGCCUUUACUGUCCUGAUGUCUGUUGUUAAGCCACACAACAUGGCUCACCUGAAUGCAUGCAUGCAACUAUAGUCUAUGAUAUAAACACAAAGUCGUUUUGAUCAGUGUGUGUAGUGGAGUUUCAGUUCUGGGAUAUUGGAUUGUUAAUUAAAACAAUUAUAUGUGCUUCUUUUUUUUUCUUCUUUUUUUUUUUGAAAAACGUCUGGGAAACGUUCCUCCAACACAGCUUCAUUUCUUAAGGCGGAAAUUUCUGAUGUGAUCACUGCAUGCAUGUUGCUGAUGUCCAUACAUGCUGGCAUAACAAUAAGGCAAAGGUGUAAAUAAGUAAAUUGAAUUGAAUUUAUUGAUUUAUUGGAAGAGGGAACUCAGGAUUUCACAUGGAGAGAAUACAUUUAGAUUUCAACAUUGUCAGUUUAAAACUGUCUCUGUCUUUUUGACCAAUAAUAAUUCUGCCAGGCUUAGAUACAAAACAGAUGCUGGGGUUCAGCUCAUGGCUGAAUUCAAUUUUGCGUUAUAAAUUUGAGGUUUCAAGGUUGUGUAAACUAAGAAAUAAAAGCCUCCCAAUCUUGUUCACAUCCA